UUGAAAGCUAAGGACUUUGGCACAACGAUGGCUGAUAAGGGCAAGCCCAAACCAGGGGACGCGCCCGCGGAUAAGAAGGAGGAUAAGAAGGAGAAGAAGGAGGAGAAGAAGGAGGAGAAGGAGGAGAAGAAGGAGGAGAAGAAGGAGGAGAAGAAGGAGGAGAAGCCAGCAAAGCCCAAGUCGCCACAGCCCGAGGAUGAAGUGGGCACAAGGAAAGGGUGUCGCCGGUACCGGUGGGAACUCAAGGACAGCAAUAAGGAAUUCUGGACGAUGGGGCACGCCGAGGUCAAGCUCCUAAGCUUGGGUUGCUUGAUAGCAGCGCUAAUCCUGUUCUCCGGGUCCAGUGUGCACCCCAUCCUGCCGCUCAUUAUCACCAUGGAGUUGUCCAUCUUCAGCUUCUUCAUCGUCAUUUACACCUUCGCCAUCAAUAGAUACAUGCCCUUCAUCCUGUGGCCCGUUUCUGAUCUCCUCAAUGACCUGGUGGCCUUCGUGUUCCUGGCCGGAGCAGCCGCCUAUGCCGUGAUUGGCAGACAAACCAUGCAGAUACCCUACUUUGUUGCCGUGGUGAACUUGCUGCCCUCCCCGCUACGUGGGACCCGACUCCCAGGGACAAGGCGGCAGCGCCAGGAGCGGCACCGGCACCGGCACCAGCAGCAGGGACAACUCCAGCCAAAGUUUAGUGCUGACCCCAGUUUGCCGUCCACUCAGGAGGAGGACACUGGGGGCGGGCUGGUGUGUGGGCCGAGCAGGGUGGGCUUUGGAGGACCUUGGGGGACGGUCCCCCGGGAGCUCAGCCAGCCCUCUGGGACCUGUGCUGUCCCCCUGAAGUGA